AUGAAGGGUGCAUCUAAAGUGAUAAUGGGAGCUACACUAGUAAUGGUGGUCAGCCUUGCCAUAGUGCUGGGCUUGGUGCUGGUGCUAUUAGCAGAGCUUUACUGUACUCUCUUACUUCGCCGCCGCAGGCUCCGUGUCACCUCCUCUGAUCCUACUACCACCACGGUUAUCCCAGCGUCUCCGCUCACCAACAUUUCCUCACCAGAGACCUUGCAAUCUCAAAAUAAUUUGGGUUCUCCUCGAAGCUACUAUGCGCCGGGGGUUCUUCAGGCUCCAAGAAGCCUAUUCUUCCCUGCAGUUUCUCAAAAAGAAAACAAGUCGCUAGAUGUCCAUACACAAGAAGAAUCAAACACUUCAUCCUGUCCAAUUCGAGAAAUCGCGAUUCAGAUUAGCAGUUCCGAUGCUAAUAAUGAGCGCAAAUCCUGCAUUGGUCAUGCAGAGUCUUUAGUUUACAUAUCAAACCCUGUCUAUGACAAUGAUGCAAACAGGGUAAGCAGAGUGGAGACUCCAUUUGAAACACCUGAUUCGUCGCCGUCGCGAUUGGAAAGAGGCAGAUCAUCUUCAUCAUCUUGUUCAGAAUCAAUACCGGCGGUCACUCCUCCAUUGAGUCCAAUGAAAAAGCUACCGGCAGAGGCGUGUUCUGUUUCUUUAAGAGACGUGAGGUCUUUAGGUACUUCAGGAAGUGACUCUGUGAGUAACAAUGGCGUAUCAUCAUCAUCAUCCUCAGGAUCUCCAUGCACAUCUCCUUCUUGGUGACUCUGUUUCUCUUGUAUUUUACAUUGCAGAACUUUUUUUUAAUUCAAUUGUAUUGGUGUUUUUGGAAAUUAGUUUGGCAUUUCUAUCUA